GGGUAACGCUUGUUCUUACCUCCACAGAGUCUGUAGACGAGGCGACCCCAGAGCUUCCAAAUGAACGACCGGAAGGAAGAUAUGGAAAUCGCGUCCCACUACCGGCACCUGCUGCGGGAGCUCAACGAGCAGAGGCAGCACGGCGUCCUGUGUGACGUCUGUGUGGUCGUGGAGGGCAAGGUCUUCAAGGCGCACAAGAACGUACUGCUGGGCAGCAGCCGCUACUUCAAGACGCUCUACUGCCAGGUGCAGAAGACGUCGGAGCAGGCCACGGUCACGCACCUUGACAUCGUCACGGCCCAGGGCUUCAAGGCCAUCAUCGACUUCAUGUACUCAGCGCACCUGGCACUCACCAGCAGGAACGUCAUCGAGGUGAUGUCCGCCGCCAGCUUCCUGCAGAUGACAGACAUCGUGCAAGCAUGCCACGACUUCAUCAAGGCCGCGCUGGACAUCAGCAUCAAGUCCGACGCCUCGGAUGAGCUUGCGGAGUUUGAGAUCGGCGCCUCGUCCAGCAGCAGCACGGAAGCGCUCAUCUCGGCCGUGAUGGCCGGCAGGAGCAUCUCCCCGUGGCUGGCACGGCGAACGAGUCCUGCCAAUUCUUCUGGAGACUCGGCCAUCGCCAGCUGUCACGACGGAGGGAGCAGCUACGGGAAGGAGGACCAGGAGCCCAAGGCCGACGGCUCCGACGACGUUUCCUCGCAGUCCCUGUGGCCUGGAGACGUGGGCUACGGGCCUCUGCGCAUCAAGGAAGAGCAGAUCUCCCCGCCUCAGUACGGAGGGAGUGAGCUGCCUUCUGCCAAGGACAGCGUGGCGCAGAACUCCUUCUCGGAGCAGAGCACUGGCGAUGGCUGGCAGCCCACAGGCCGCAGGAAGAAUCGGAAGAACAAAGAGACUGUCCGGCACAUCACACAGCAGGUGGAGGACGACAGCCGGGCCAGCUCCCCAGUGCCGUCCUUCCUGGCGACGUCAGGGUGGCCGCUCAGCAGCCGAGACUCAAAUGCAGACCUGACCGUCACUGAAGCCAGCAGCUCCGACAGCCGAGGAGAGAGGCCGGAGCUCUAUGCACAGGUCGAGGAGGGUCUCCUGGGAGGAGAAGCCAGCUAUCUGGGCCCUCCCCUCACCCCGGAGAAGGAUGACGCUCUGCACCAGGCCACGGCGGUGGCCAACCUGCGCGCAGCGCUCAUGAGUAAGAACAGCCUGCUGUCGCUCAAGGCGGACGUGCUGGGGGACGACGGCCCGCUGCUGUUGGAGUACUUGCCCCGAGGGGCCCACUCACUGUCCCUGAAUGAGUUCACGGUGAUCAGGAAGAAGUUCAAGUGCCCGUACUGCAGCUUCUCAGCCAUGCACCAGUGCAUCCUCAAGCGCCACAUGCGGUCACACACCGGGGAGCGUCCGUACCCCUGCGAGAUCUGCGGGAAGAAGUUCACGCGGCGUGAGCACAUGAAGCGGCACACACUGGUCCACAGCAAGGACAAGAAGUACGUGUGCAAGGUGUGCAGCCGAGUGUUCAUGUCUGCCGCCAGCGUGGGCAUCCGGCACGGCUCCCGGCGCCACGGUGUGUGUGCCGACUGCGCUGGCCGAGGCAUGGCCGGGCCGCUGGACCACGGCGGCGGGGGCGGCGAGGGCUCCCCAGAGGCGCUGUUCCCAGCUGACGGGCCCUACCUGGAGGACCCCGACGACCCACGAGGGGAGGUGGAGGAGCUGGGCGAGGAUGACGAGGGCCUGGCCACCGAGGACGCGCUGCUGGCAGACGACAAAGAUGAUGAGGACUCGCCUCGGCCCCGCAGCCCCCCCGGGGGCCCCGACAAGGACUUCGCCUGGCUCUCCUAGGCACGCCGCCCACAGGGUUGGUGGCUGCAUCGCUCUGUCCACCAUGUGUGUGUCCGGUGGGUCUCCACUGCAGGGCCGGGGCCACGCCAGCCCCUCCCUCAGCCCUUCCUCCGAUUCUCCCUGAACCCACCCCCCACAAAACCAGCCCUGUGGGCUAAGAAGCAGGUUCAACCCCAGCAAGGGGCGCUCGGGGACCAGACGUGAAGUGAGCUGGGGGUGGGCACAGGGCGGGUUUGAGUGAAGAGAGAGUGUAGUCCUAAGUCUCCAGCAGGUGGUGCGGGUGUGUGAGUGGCCCCCGUGAUGGCCAGCUUAGCUUGGACACGUGACGGCCCUGUGGCCAGGUCCAGUGGGCACUGGGCAGGGUCAUGCGUUGGGACCAGCAGUCCUCAGCCUGAGCAGGUGUGAGAGUUUUGCAGACACCCAGUCAGCCUGGCUGGAGCCCGCCCUCCCCUCCCCCAGCAGCCAGGUCACUGCCUGUGGCUGCAGCCGUGGCCCGUGGCAGCCUGUAGAGUCCAGGUGUGGUGCACAGAGAGCGCUGCCACCCUCUUACCUCUGGGCUUUGGUGCUUUUCACACAACACGGCUGCAGAGCCCUGCUGGAGGCCAAGGCUCCAGGUGCUAUCUUCAGCGGACACAGCCCUGGGGGCUCCUUCCACAAGGGGACCCUCUGCCCGGUGCCCCCGCCUUCAGGUCACACCAGGUUCCCUUUGUGAGGGCCUCGGCUCAGUUGCGUGCACUUCGUUGGAGAGCCUUGGGCUGCUGUGUCCACCCCGGGCUCUUCCCAUCCUGUUCCGUCCAUGGCCCAGCCCGGCCAGUCCUGCUGACCCCUCCUGGACGGGCUGGAGCCAGGGUCCUGCCUUUGCUGCUAACACCGGAGGCGGUGUUCCUAACUGCCGUGUGCUGCUUCCACCCCACCCCCGACGUGGGUCACCAGAUUCUUAAGUAGUCAGAGACAUAUCGAGGUAGCUGCAUAACAUUAUUUGGUUUGGCAUGAUUUUUCUCACUCGACAA